CUGCCCUUGCCGCAGCUCCAGCCCCUGCCCCGACCCAGGGAGGGACACGAUAUGUCACUUCUGUCCAAGUCGCCAAGGAGACGGAUGCUUUAAAAUGGUAUGGCCUCACAAGUCUUGGUCUACCCACCAUAUGUUUAUCAAACCCAGUCAAGUGCCUUUUGCAGUUCAAAGAAACUCAGAGUAGAGCCAAGCAGUUGCGUGUACCACGAAAGAACCUAUCCACGGACUUGUGUGAAUGGUAGAAACUUUGCAAUCUCUCAACCUCCCACCAAGGACCCAACUUUUCCGACAAAGAUCCCGUCGAACAGACCUCGAGGACGCCAUUUUGUGUGGCCCAGUGCCAUCGCUUUAAAAACCACUGCAGGUGCUACAAAGGUUCUAGCUGUGCAGGCGCAGCCGGUCCUAGGGGAGGCCCUGCAGGCCGGGACACAGGAAAGCGGGUUCGAUUUACCGGACGGCCUCCAGCGAUGCGGAUUGAAGCGUAAGAGUGAAGAGCUGGAUCGUCAGAGCGGCGCGAUGCAGAUCGUCGACGAGCUGUCUAUACUGCCGGCAAUGUUGCCAACCAACGUGGGCACCCGAGUGGCGGUCGUGACGACCACCGCGGCCUCCAAACCGAGCGGCCCCGGCGGAGAAGGGGAUUACCAGUUGGUGCAGCACGAGGUUUUGUGUUCAGCGAAGAACACCUACGAAGUCCUCGACUUCCUCGGCCGAGGGACCUUUGGCCAGGUGGUCAAAUGCUGGAAGAGCGGGACAAACGAGAUCGUGGCCGUCAAGAUCCUGAAGAACCACCCGUCGUAUGCCCGCCAAGGACAAAUCGAAGUGAGCAUUUUGGCCAGGCUGAGUACGGAGAACGCCGACGAGUUUAACUUCGUACGGGCCUAUGAGUGCUUUCAACACCGAAAUCACACGUGCUUGGUUUUUGAGAUGUUGGAACAGAACCUGUAUGAUUUCCUGAAGCAAAACAAAUUCAGUCCGCUGCCAUUGAAAGUAAUACGGCCUAUCCUUCAGCAAGUGGCCACUGCACUGAAAAAACUGAAAAGUCUCGGCUUAAUCCACGCUGACCUCAAACCAGAGAAUAUUAUGUUGGUGGAUCCUGUCCGGCAGCCCUACAGGGUUAAAGUGAUAGAUUUCGGGUCUGCCAGCCAUGUAUCAAAGACUGUUUGUUCAACCUAUUUACAGUCUCGGUACUACAGGGCUCCGGAGAUUAUAUUGGGAUUGCCGUUUUGUGAAGCCAUAGACAUGUGGUCGCUGGGAUGCGUGAUCGCGGAAUUAUUCCUCGGUUGGCCGCUGUACCCAGGAGCACUAGAGUACGACCAGAUUCGUUACAUUUCACAGACUCAAGGUUUACCUGGAGAGCAGUUGUUAAAUGUGGGGACAAAAUCUACAAGAUUCUUUUGCAGAGAAACAGAUACUCCACAUUCUGGUUGGAGAUUAAAGACACUGGAAGAACAUGAGGCAGAGACAGGAAUGAAGUCUAAAGAAGCCAGAAAGUACAUUUUCAGCAGUUUGGAUGAUAUAGUGCAUGUGAACAUGGUGAUGGAUUUGGAAGGAAGUGAUCUGUUGGCAGAGAAAGCUGAUAGAAGAGAAUUUGUUAGCCUUUUGAAGAAAAUGUUGAUGAUUGAUGCUGAAUUAAGGAUCACUCCAGCUGAGACAUUAAACCAUGCUUUUGUUAACAUGAAGCACCUAUUAGAUUUCCCUCAUAGCAGCCAUGUAAAAUCUUGUUUUCAUAUCAUGGAUGUUUGCAAAUCUCACUCAAAUUCACAUGACAUAAAUAAUCGCAAUAAAACCUCACUCUUGAGACCAGUUGCCUCAGGCAGUGCUGCUAAUCUGACUGCUAAUUUCUCCAAAAUUGGUACAUUAAGAAGUCAGGCAUUGUCUGCAUCUGCCCACUCCGUCAUGCACCACGGAAUACCCCUGCAGGCAGGAACUGCUCAGUUUGGAUGCAAUGAUGCUUUCCAACAGACUCUCAUCAUCUGCCCCCCAGCUAUUCAAGAGAUUAUCCAUUGCUGCAGUGUUCCUACACAUCCUGGGGGUGUUUAUAUUCCUUUUCUUGGAGAAUUUCCUGACCAAGAGCUGCUUUUUGGAAGGGGUAUUCCUGCGAACCAUGGCAAACCGACCAGUUACUCAGUAAGGGUGGACAAUGCAGUCCCCCUGGUGACCCAGGCCCCCGCCAUUCAGCCUCUUCAGAUUCGGCCCGGAGUUCUCUCUCAGACGUGGUCUAACCGAACCCAGCAGAUCCUCAUUCCUGCUUGGCAGCAAGUUACAGCCCUGGCUCCUUCUACGACCACGCUAACUUCCGAGACUGUGGCUGGCCCACAGAGGCUCGGAGACUGGGGGAAAGUGAUUUCACACAGCAAUCAUUACAACUCCGUGUUGCCUCAGCCGCUCUUAACCAAUCAGAUAACGCUUUCGGCCCCUCAGCCAAUCAGUGUGGGCAUUGCACAUGUUGUCUGGCCUCAGCCCGCUGCUGCGAAGAAACACAAAAUGUGCCAGAACAGGAGUAAUUCACUGCAAAAUACCAAUAUCCCAAAUUCAGCAUUUAUUUCUCCAAAGAUAAUCAAUAUGAAAGCUGUUGAGAGAAUCAGUUGCCUAGAAACACAGGACAAUCAUAACUCAGAAGGAGGAGAAAGGAGUUGUUGUAAAACACCAGUCAGGCAAAAUCCUGAUUCGUCUGUUUCAAACAAGCAACGGCAGACUAUUCUCAUCGCGGAUUCCCCAAGUCCUGCAGUGAGCGUGAUCACGAUUAGCAGUGAUACUGAUGAGGAAGAUACAGCACAAAGACAUUCGCUCAGAGAAUGUAAAGGCAGCCUAGACUGCGAGGCCUGCCAGAGCACCUUGAAUAUCAACCGCGCCUGCUCGCUGAGUAGCCCCGACAGCACUUUGAGCACCAGCUCCUCCGGGCAGACCAGCCCAUCACCCUGCAAGAGGCCCAACAGUAUGUCAGAUGAUGAGCAGGAGAGCGGCUGUGAUACCGUGGACGGGUCCCCAACGUCAGAUUCUUCGGGCCACGACAGCCCCUUUGCGGAGAGCAGGUUUGCAGAAGACGGCCAUCCAAAUGGAGACUCCCUAGCCUCUGCUGACCAAGAAGCCAAGCCAGCCGUCUGCACCGUGGUGGUGCCACCAAUGAGAAUAGAGAAUAGAUUAAAUGCAGACGAACAGAUGGCAAAUACGGAUCCUGCUUGCCAGCCGUUGAUAAAAGGUCGAUCUGCCCCUGGAAGAUUAAACCAGCCUUCAGCUGUGGGUAACCGUCAGCAAAAAUUGACAUCAGCAUUCCAGCAGCAACAUUUGAACUUCAGUCAGGUCCAGCACUUUGGAUCCGGACCUCAGGAGUGGAACGGAAACUACGGCCAUCGAAGACAGCCAGCGUACAUCGCGGCUACUGUUGCUGCCAACCACCCCUUCCCCCUCUCCCACGGAAGCCCGAAUCACCCCACGGUGCACGCCCACUUGGCCGGAAGCGCACCCCUUGGAGGACAGCCUGCUCUCCUUCCCUACCCGCCGUCCGCCCCCCUCAGCACCACCGCCCCCGUGGCCCACCUCCUGGCCUCCCCGUGUACCUCGAGACCUCUGUUACAGCAUCCGGCUUACAGCAUCUCUCAUCCGGGUGGCCUAGUUCACCAAGUCCCGGUGGGCAUCAAUCCCCGCCUGUUAGCUUCCCCCACCAUCCACCGGACUCCGUACAAACCCAUCUUCCCGCCCCAUCCCUACAUCACCGCAUCCCCCGCUUACACAGGAUUCCCAUUGAGCCCAACCAAACUCAGCCAGUAUCCAUAUAUGUGAGAACUCAAAUAACGGUCUGUCGAGGAAGCUCAAUGAUUACAAACCUUUGAUUUAAAAUACAAAAAAAACAGACAAAACAAACAUGGUAUUUAAUAAAUAUUAGCCAUGGCACAACAAGAAGAAUAUUUUUUGAAUCACGUAGACUUGGGUGCAAUUUAAACAACUUUGAGCUUUAAAAAAAAAACCAACUCACUUUUAAUGUGUUUUGCACAUUUGGUAUAACUUGUCUUUGGUCAUGUUAUCUUCUUAUAUAGUAACUCUAGACAGGUGACUUAUGGGAGCAGAAGCCCAAUUUUGCUCCAUCUAUUUUUUAUAAAAUUGCCUUCUAACUAGUGCAAGACACGUCUACAUUUGGGAAGCCAUUCAGUGUACAGAUUUAGAGCAACAGAUGCACAUAUGUCAGAAGUACGGUGUACAAGUAAAUGUUUGUAUUAUCUGUGUCUUGGUGUUUCAAUGUUGAGUCACUUAUCUACAGAAGUUGAGCUAUCGUUCUUUACAUUUGCAUGUGUCUUUUGCAUGGGCAAGACGUUGCCUAGACAUUGCUCUUUAAUGUCGUCGUCCUAAUAAUCUCAGCUGCAUUGUAAACCGUUCCCACACAUAGUGCCUUAAAUAUUUGAGGUUGUUAAUGUUAUUCCUUAUAUAUAAAUGUUGAGGACUGCAGCACUUACAAUUCAGAUCUGCUGAUUUUUCUUUUCUUUUUUGAUAGCGUAACGUUCACCUUGGGUUUCGUGUGGUCUGAUUUUUGGUAUGGGGUGUUUUUUUCCUUAGGAGGAGAUGGCAGCACUUGGGCUACGGCUGAAUUCUGCUGUCUGAAUUUUCAGAAUGAUCUAGCUUCAAAAAAGCAAGCAGUUAGUAGUGCUUAAGGAAAGGUGAUUCCACACUGAGUAGUGGAAGACUAAAUCCUCACCACACAGCAUUUUAUCCUGUUAAAUGGAACUGCAAUCCUGCCUAAGUAGUUUAUUCUGAAAGUGCUUGCUGUCUAAUUGGAUUUAAUAAAACGUGUAGAGGGCGGUAGGCAUGACUCUGACUAGGUAAUGAAAGAAAAUGCAAAAUGCUCAUUGAUUCAUGACGUGGUUUCAUCUUCGCUUGGGCAAACCCAUGCAGUAUUUAAUAAAUAGUAGCAGAAUAUUUACUAUUGAAGCUUGAAAAGAUGUGAGUUCUUUGUGUGCAAUUUUUCAUUUAUGCAUGUGUUAAUGUUAAAUUUUAGCCUUUUUACAUUAUGGUAUUUGUUUUUAGCCUAUUGGUGGUGUUUGCUUAUUUAAUACAUUCCGUCAGGGACAUAAAUGACAUGCUUUUUGCCUUUUUUUUUUCUUCUUCCCUAGGAAGUACGUCUUGGUUUUUUGUUUUGUUUUGUUUUGAUUUGUUCUGUUUAAAUGAAGUUGCUUUUGCAGCACCAAAGACUUAAUCAUCCAUUUCCUAUAAAAGGUAGCUACUUUUUGCAUAGACCUCAAGUAUAUUGUAGACUAGAGAUGGGAUUUAAGGAAAGGUAUUAAACUGAGGCUGUGUUUUAGCUUAUGGGCAAGUAAUAAAUUGUAUCAUUUAUCUUGAAUGUAUCAUAGAUAAGCUGCUAUAUAAUGAUUGCCACUUCAGAUAGCUGUGAAAUUAGGUGAUUAACUAGUUUUUCUUAGCCUUCUAAUUUCUGUAUAAGUCUAAUUACAUGAAAUAGAAGUGGGGGUUUUUGAUUUUUACUUUGCUUUCAUGUUUGGAGUGUCAUUGUAACUACUGUAUUGUAAAUGAUGGAAGAUAAUUGCAUAUGUUAUUUUGGGGGUGUGUUAUUUGCAUCAGUAUUUUAUCUCCAUUAACUUUUGAGCUCAUCACUGCAUAAGUGGAUGUAUCAAUGUAACUUAAUUUUUUAUGUUUUCAUAUUGACAUUGUAUAGACACUUGAGAAGCUGUAUCUUGCAGGCUUGACUUAACUUUUUAUUUUAAAGAGCAAAAUCUGGAAUAUAUAGCAUUUACUGGAAAAACAGUGCAAAACAUUUGAGUUUCAACUUCCCAAAUGUUUUGAGUUACAGGAUUUCUUUUUCUGAUGAAUGGAUUUCAUACCACUAGUUCAGCUCUACCAGGAUUGUCAAUAAGCUAAUAACAAAUACAUUUUCUUUGCUCCAUUAACAGAAGCAGUGUUUUAUUUAAUGACCGAAUGUAAUAAAUGUGCCUGAAUUUGAUUGUUUAAAAGACAAACCCAAAAUAGCAGUAUUAGGUCAAAAAGCCAAUACCAGCAGUACAUUUUUUUUUAGUCACACUGAAAAUGAAGGAAUCCAGUUUCCCCCACACACAGUUCCAAGGUUUUUGGUAAAAAGCUCUAUGCAUUUUAUACAAUCACUACUACAUCGGAAAAGGAAGAAUAGCCUGAGGUGAAUUUGAAAUCUAUUUACCAAUUUAUAGAAUCAUCUGUUUAUGGAAGUCAAGAAGACACUUAAGUAAAAUGAUUUUGCCCCGACACACUCUUCAUAGUUGUUGAUGAUGUCAUCCAGUGGAAUCCUGGUUUCUGCCAACUCCUUGAUCCUGGGAAUCAGAUUUGUUUUUGCCGCUCAAAAUCCAUGGCCAGCAGUGGAUAUGCUGGGGACACCAAGAGUGAAGGAUUGAUCGAUGUCAUAGUUUUCACUUUGUUUGGGGCCUUGUGAUUUUCAUUGCCCUGGUGUGUUUUCUUCGAUUUGAUCUCAAGUUACGUGGCUGCGAUAGCUGCGAUAGUCUUUUUAAGUGGACAAGGGCCCCGGCAUUUGAUUCUUAAGAAAACCGGCUGCUCUUUAUAGGUUGUGCUCUUGGAUUUUGUUUUUGCAUUUUGAGGAAGCGUAUAUCGAAAUCCUCCCAUGAAUCAAAUUCACCAAAUGAAUGAAAAAUCUCUGGAAAGAAAAAUCACCCUUUUUCGAACCAUUUAUAAACUCCCUUUUGGUUCUAAUGCUUUUUUUAAAUAAAACACUGCAUGACUACAGAUUUGCAUACCUAUUUUUAAUUUGCAAAUUAUUUUUAUAAAAAUUCUUAAUAUUCAGUUUUUAAUCUUUCAUUCAGGGUGUUUUAUUAAUCAAUUAUGCUACUGUAUUAACAAAACCUUUUUAUUUUAAUGUUUAAAUCUCUGUAUUUACCGCUAAUUUUAACUUGAUUGGUGUUAAAGUAAAAGUUAAAUCACACUGCAAGGUGUAGGAAGAUUUGUUUUAGAUCCCAAUGAUAUAAACUUGAUUACUAAGUUUGAACUGUUACUGUUUAACAAUUUGUAGACUUGUGGCUUUUUAUUUUUGCUUUUGUUUCUAUGCUACACUAGUUUGCCAUGUAGCAAUUGCACUGUGCAAUAUUACAAUAAGGACUGGGAAAAAUUUUAUGGAUGUAAUGUCUCUUAAAGUUUGCUAUAGUAUUUCUCUCUAGUUCUCAGUGAUUUAAAUGUGACCAAGCCUUCUGUACUUUGUCACAAAAAGCGGGUUUUCCAGGUGACUAUUUUGGUGAGUGUCAAAAUAAGAAUUUAUGGUGUAUUACUGUCGAGAUUCACUUUGAAUUAAAAUAUAUAUUGCAGCAAACAA